GUCUCUCAAAGCGUCAUCAAGAGUCCAUCUGUCACAUAUAUUACUUAAACAAAUUAACGUGAAGUUUGAUGAUUAUAUAAGUGUGGUGAAGCGAAAAUGGACUCUCAAGAAUUUAGAGAAUUCGCAAAAGCGGCAAUAGAUAUAAUUGCUGAUUAUUGGGAUAAUAUUAGGACUCGAGAUGUGCUACCGUCGGUAGAGCCGGGAUAUCUUAUAAACGCCCUCCCAGAAGAUGCGCCUGAGCAUCCCGAAGAAUGGAAAGAUGUAAUAAAGGACUUCAAUGAGCAUAUUCUGCCAGGCACUACUCACUGGCACUCACCACGUUUUCAUGCAUUCUAUCCUACUGGCAAUUCAUUUGCCAGUAUCGUUGGCAAUCUUCUCAGCGAUGGACUGGGAGUUAUAGGAUUUAGCUGGAUGUCAAGCCCCGCGUGCACGGAAUUAGAAGUAGUGACCAUGAACUGGUUGGGUAAGUUACUCGGUCUUCCAGAAGAGUUUCUUAACUGUUCAAGUGGACCUGGUGGUGGAGUUAUUCAGGGUUCAGCAAGUGAAGCAACACUAGUAGGAUUGCUCGUAGCAAAAGAGAAAACGUUACGCAGACUUAAGAAAAAUGAUCCCAACAUCGAUGAGGACCUAAUCAAAGCAAAAUUGGUCGCCUAUACUUCAGAUCAGUGCAAUUCCUCGGUAGAAAAAGCUGGAGUACUUGGUUCCAUGAAGAUGAAAUUGUUAAAGUCAGACGCUGACGGAAGACUUCGCGGUGACAUGCUUAAAAAAGCUUUCGAAGAAGAUAAAGCUCAAGGUCUUAUACCCUGUUAUGUGGUUGCUACUCUGGGGACGACUGGAACGUGUGCAUUUGACCCAUUAUAUGAAUUAGGACCAGUUUGCAACGAAGCUAAUGUGUGGCUGCAUGUUGACGCUGCUUACGCUGGCAGUGCUUUCAUCUGUCCUGAAUACAGGGAAUUAAUGAGAGGCGUAGAGUACGCAGACUCGUUCGAUGUUAACAUUCAUAAAUGGAUGCUUGUCCACUUCGACUGCUCGGCUAUGUGGUUAAAAAAUGGACAUGACCUGAUCAACACUUUCGAUGUACAAAGAAUUUAUUUAGACGAUAUAAAGACAACAAUAAAAAUUCCGGAUUUCAGACACUGGCAGAUGCCUCUUGGCCGUAGAUUCAGGGCGCUUAAAUUGUGGUCAGUUCUAAGGAUUUACGGUGCUGAGGGUAUUAGAAGACACAUCAGGAAUCAUAUAAGCCUUGCUCAGUAUUUUGCAACGCUGGUAAGAGCUGACGAAAGAUUCGUGGUGGAGCCUGAGCCAUCCAUGGGAUUAGUGUGCUUCAGAUUGAAACAUGGAGAUAAAAUAACGAAGAAACUGCUAGAUAAUUUGACGGAAAAAAAAGAACUCUACAUGGUAGCUGGCUCAUGUCGCAGAAACUAUGUGAUCCGCUUUGUGAUUUGUUCUCGAGUGAUCACAAAGGAAGAUGUUGACUACAGCUGGAACAAAAUCAAAGUUGAAACCGAUAUCGUGUGCUCGGAAGAAAUACACACAAAACCACAAAUUCCUGCUAUUAACCAUAUACAAGCUGCCACGUUAUGUGAGAAGUCCAAAUGAAUAUUUAUUACGUACCUAUGUACAAAUUCUAUCUUACUUAGCAUCUAAUGUAAUUAUCUAUUAUCCGCAAAAAAAUCAUUAAAAUUUAAGCGAGACGAUCACUCCCGAUUUAUUUGGUCACUAAUUUUUAUGUAACACAGACUAAAAAAUGAAAAAUCUUAUAAUUAGGUAACAUGGACAUAAAUAAAAAGAUAAAAACAAACUUCCAAAGGUUUCAAUUGUUUAUUACAGUAAAUAAUAAGGUCCGAUAUUUUCCUUCCUUUUUAUGUGUAUAGUAUCAUUUUUACGUAUAGGAUAAAUGUAUAUA